AUGGAGUUGAAGUUCUUUAUGUAUGAACUCGUAUCUAUUUUUCUAAGCCUUUCCCUUGGAUUCUUCUCGUUAACAAAUUCGAAUCCCACCUCUGAUCACUUUCUUGAUUGCAUCUCCCACAGGAUUUCGUCCAACUUCUCAAAUAUUAUAAUCACUCCUAAUGAUGCUUCAUACUCUACUGUUCUUCAAUCCACCAUCCAAAACCUCAGAUUUGACACCCCUGAAACCCUAAAGCCAUCGGCAAUAAUUAAACCCUUGUCGUAUUCCCAUGUCCAAUCCACAGUCAUCUGCAGCGCCAAAUCUGGACUUCAAAUCCGAAUCCGCAGUGGUGGUCAUGACUAUGAAGGCCUUUCCUUCACCUCCUUUGAUCACAGUACCCCUUUCAUCCUUCUUGAUCUCAACGAACUUCGAUCAGUAACCGUUGAUGUAGAUGAUAAAACUGCAUGGGUCGAAUCUGGAGCAACUCUCGGCGAACUGUCUUAUUGGGUGUCUCAAAAAAGUAAUCUUCUUGGAUUCCCGAAUGGGGAGUGCACGUCGGUGGGCGUUGGCGGGCAUCUAAGCGGUGGAGGAUAUGGUGUGAUGGCUAGGAAAUAUGGGUUGUCUGCUGAUAAUGUAAUCGAUGCACAGAUCGUGAAUGUAAAUGGGCAAAUCCUAGAUAGAGAUUCGAUGGGGGAAGAUUUGUUUUGGGCAAUUAAGGGAGGUGGGGGAGCUAGUUUUGGUGUUAUAUUAGCUUGGAAGAUCAAUCUUGUUUCUGUUCCACCAAAAGUUACAGUUUUCAGUCUUUCUAAGACGCUAGACCAAGCUGCUACUCAGGUUGUUAACAAGUGGCAGUAUGUUGGGCACAAUCUCAGUGAGGAUUUCUUCAUUAACUUGAUAGUAACUCCGGUCUCGGUGCUAGAUCAAGAAGAGAAUAAAACAAUGCUAGUAACAUUCAAUGGGUUAUUCUUGGGGACGACAGUGGAGCUGAUGACAGAAGUCAAUGAUAGAUUUUCUGAACUGGGAUUACAUGAAACAGAUUGCAUCGAGAUGAGUUGGAUCGAAUCAGUAGUUUAUUAUUCAGUUUAUUUAAGAGGACAAAGCAUCGAAGCUCUCAAAGAAAGGAUACCAUGGCCUAAAAGUUACUACAAAUAUAAAUCAGACUACGUGAAGAAGCCAAUACCAGAAGAAACAUUAGAAGAAAUCUGGAAACGGUGUCUGGAAGAAAACUUGAUUUUAGCCAUAGAGCCACACGGUGGAAGGAUGAGCAAGAUCGAUGAAAGUGAGACUCCAUACCCACAUAGGGAAGGAAAUUUGUAUAUCAUACAGUACAUCAUGAGAUGGAAUGAAGAAGGGCUAGAUGCAGCUGAAAAGAAGGUUGCUUCGGUAAGAAUGGUGUAUGAGAAGAUGACACCAUUUGUUUCCAAGAAUCCAAGAGAAGCUUAUGUGAACUUUAGGGAUUUGGAUCUGGGUACAAAUGGUAAUGCGUGUGGUACAAGUUAUUUGCAAGCUGCAAGAUGGGGGAUCACUUAUUUUAAGGGCAAUUUUAGGAGGUUGGCAAUGGUGAAAGGUGUAGUUGAUCCAACUAAUUUCUUCUGUUACGAACAAAGCAUCCCACCUCUUUUUUUUGUCUAGUUCAUAUAUUGGUUGAUUAAAUUAAAAUGAA